AUUGUCUAUGCACUCCACCCCGCGUUCCCCCUCUCCACUUUUUGUUAUUUAUUUGUCAAACAGCUGAUUGUUUCAUAGAAUCGCGAUGAAUUUCUAGAAUUGACUUGAAUAAAUACGAUAUAAUUAACGAAGAUGGACGUGGUAGGGCUUUUGAACAAUAUUAACGACAAUUCGAACAUGUUUGCGGUGAAAACAUGGACGUCCGAGUGGUCUAACAAUUUUCAAGACAACCAAUUGCUGUGGUCUAUUUGCGGUUGUCUCCUCGUAUCCUUAGUGGUCGUAUUUUUCUACUAUUACAGACGAUGGAGGUCGAAAGAAAUGGCAGGAGCCACAGGCGGCGCCGGGGCUACAGGGGAUGCAGUAAAGAGGUUCCGCAAAAGAGACAAGAUGCUGUUCUACGGUCGCAGGAUGUUGAGGAAGGUCAAGUCUAUCUCCAACUCUGGUCAGGGGCGCAAGAGACGCGCUGUCAUGAGGUUCGCUAGGAAACUCCUGCAGCUGAAGAAGGAAACUGCUCCGGAACAAUUGAAGGUACUGGAGCCCCCAGCAGAAUACUUAGAAGAAGACUUAACCAGCGACGACAGGGUCCCCCCAGACGCCCUCUACAUGCUACACAGCAUCAGGGUGUUCGGACACUUCGAGAAGCCGGUAUUCCUCAUGCUCUGCAAGCAUACGGAGAUUCUCAACCUGCCCGCUGGUGCUUUCUUGUUCAAAGUUGGCGACACAGACGAGAACGUAUACGUCGUCCAAAAUGGGCGCGUCAACGUCUACAUAACGAACCAGGACGGCAGCAGCCUGUCUCUGAAGGUGGUCCGCGCCGGAGAGAGCGUCACCUCGCUGCUCAGCUUCACUGAUGUGCUCACUGGCCACUCACAACCAUACAAGACGGUAAACGCGAAGGCUCUAGAAGACUCCCAAGUUAUAAAGCUGCCAAUGAGGGCUUUCCAGGAAGUCUUCAAAGAGUACCCUGACAUAUUCGUCAGGGUUAUACAGAUCAUUAUGGUGCGUCUCCAAAGAGUGACAUUUACUGCUUUGCAUCAGUACCUUGGAUUGAGUGCAGAGUUGGUUAACCCGGGCCGCGAGAAACGUCGUCCGAACACAGUGGCGUCCUCUCCCGGUAAAACAGCGAAGAUGACUAACGUUGAAAGCGGAGCGAACAUGCAUUCUCCCCACCACAGCGAACGAGCAAUGUCUGAGCAUUUGGAGAGCAACCACGCGUCGUCUUCGCCCAUACACAUACAGGGGCGGCGACAGAAACCCGACAUGGUGCCUGACAUCGCGACCAACACGCCGCAGCAGCAACCCGACGUGCAGCCGACGCCGUCGCUACAGAGGGCGCGGGAGGGAAACUCCUUCAAGAAGCAUAACACUGAUAACCUUGAUGAACAGGCGUUAAUCCAAAUAGCGACAGAAGCUUUCGUCAAAGAACUAGGUCUGGAUUCAGACACCGUUUUGCGCGGCAAUGUGCAAGUUAGAGACCUACCCGCGGGAACUUAUAUCAUGAAAGAAGAGAGUCACAAGGAUGUGGCGCUGGUGUACUUACUAUCUGGAGCUCUGUUGGUAUCUCAGAGAGUGGCUGAGGGUGAAGGGGAAGUUCAUAUGUUCACUGCUUAUCCAGGUGAAGUCGAAGGCGGUCUUGCCGUACUAACAGGCGAACCCAGCUUUUUCUCCAUUCGCGCAAAACACUUCUCCCGCAUCGGGUUAUUAUCCAAAACUACAGUGUACAGCAUCAUGAGGGAACGGCCUUCAGUGGUCUUGCAUAUCGCCAACACUGUGGUCAGGAGGCUGUCGCCUUUUGUUAGACAAGUCGACUUCGCCUUAGACUGGGUAUUCCUCGAAUCAGGCCGCGCCGUCUACCGUCAAGACGAGGAAUCCGGAUCCACAUUCAUAGUCUUGUCCGGUCGUCUCCGAUCCGUGAUCACUCAUCCCAAUGGCAAGAAAGAGCUGGUCGGUGAAUACGGCAAGGGUGAUCUCGUUGGCAUAGUGGAAAUGGUGACACAAACUAGAAGAAGUACCACAGUAAUGGCGGUCAGGGACUCGGAGCUAGCGAAACUUCCAGAAGGAUUGUUUAACGCGAUCAAACUGAGGUUCCCUGUUGUGGUGACGAGGUUGAUCAAUUUGUUGGGGCAUAGGAUUUUGGGAUCCUGGCAGAAACCAACAGCAGGUCUUGGAGGCGCGGCUGCUAUAGAGCCUCGUCCGUCGCAGCACAACUUCUCCACCGUGGCGGUGGUGCCCGUCAGCGACGACGUGCCGCUCACCGCCUUCACCUACGAGCUCUACCACUCGCUGUCCGCUAUCGGACCCACAGUGCGUCUAACAUCAGACGUGAUCAGAAAGCUUCUGGGUCUGACUAUUAUGGACCCUAACAAUGAAUACAGACUUAGCUCCUGGCUUGCUCAGCAAGAAGAUAAGCAUAAAGUGGCAUUAUACCAGUGCGAUCCUAGUCUCACACAGUGGACCCAGAGAUGCAUCCGUCAGGCAGAUUGUAUUCUUAUUGUUGCUUUAGGAGACAAGCAACCCAGUAUUGGCAAGAUUGAAAAAGAAAUCGAGCGUCUAGCCAUUCGUACUCAAAAGGAACUAGUCCUACUCCAUAGAGAAGGUGGUGCCAACCCCUCGGGCACGGUGCACUGGCUCAACAUGAGGACGUGGGUCAGCCAGCACCACCACGUGCGGUGCCCGCAUCGCAUGUUCACCAGGAAGUCGCAGUACCGGAUUAGCGAGUUAUACAGCAAAGUGCUGAUGUCCGAAGCUUCAGUCCACUCUGACUUCUCUCGCCUGGCGCGAUGGCUGACGGGCACGUCGGUGGGGCUGGUGCUGGGCGGCGGCGGGGCUCGCGGCGCCGCGCAUGUCGGCAUGGUGCGGGCCAUACAGGAAGCCGGUAUCCCCAUAGACAUGGUGGGCGGCGUGAGUAUCGGCGCGUUCAUGGGGGCGCUGUGGUGCAUGGAGAGGAACAUUACCACCGUCACGCAGAAGGCCAGGGAGUGGUCACAGAAAAUGACCCAAUGGGGCAAACAGCUCCUGGACCUAACCUAUCCAGCUACAUCAAUGUUCUCUGGUCGUCAAUUCAACGCGACCAUACGUUCCACCUUCGGGGACGUUCAUAUUGAAGACCUAUGGCUCCCAUACUUUACCGUCACUACGGAUAUCAGUUCGUCUUGUAUGAGGGUACAUCGACAUGGUUCGCUCUGGCGUUACAUUCGCGCGUCGAUGUCGCUGAGCGGCUACAUGCCGCCGCUCUGCGACCCCGUAGACGGCCACCUCCUAUUGGACGGCGGUUACGUCAACAACCUCCCAGGUGUGCUAUGGAGGUACUGCCGGUCUUCCAUGAGCAUAGCGGGCAUAUUCCCGCCUAUAUGCGACCCUAUGGACGGACAUCUGCUGUUGGAUGGCUGCUACGUCAAUAAUGUGCCUGCGGACGUGAUGAGAUCACUGGGAGCGAAACAUAUCCUGGCCAUUGAUGUGGGCUCCCAGGAUGAUACAGAUCUCACCAACUAUGGCGACGACUUGUCCGGAUGGUGGCUAUUGUGGAAACGAUGGAAUCCCUUCACAACGCCUGUGAAAGUGCCAAACUUGCCAGAUAUUCAGAGUCGACUGGCCUAUGUGUCUUGCAAUAGACAGCUAGAGGAAGUAAAGAAAUCCGACUACUGCGAAUACAUACGUCCUCCCAUCGACGCAUACAAAACCCUACAAUUCGGUUCUUUCGACGAGAUUCGUGAAGUCGGGUACCGUCACGGCGCCGCAUACUUCGAGGGCCAGAGGCGAGGCGGCGGGGGAGGGGUUAGCGGUGCUGCGGCUGAAGGCAGAAGACACGAUGCCCAACCUUCGUUGACUGAUUACACAUUCACGGACUUAGCUCAGAUGGUGUGCUCGGUGAGAACUGCUCGCGACAUGGAGAACGACUCCUCUUCAUCAUCAGACUAUGAGGAGGAUCAGCGCCAUUUCGAGGGGUACGCGUCGGAGCCUAGCGCUGGGAUACUCGAGAUGUCGUCAAGCGUAGAGGACGGAGCGGCCGCUUGGAUCAGUGACACGGAAUUGGAGGGUUUACGCACCCGUCGUGUAGGAGGUUCCCUGUCCCUUUCAGAAGAUGAGAUAGAUUCUGAAGCUGAAGUGUACGACCCGCUGAACAAGCGCGGCGGCGGCAGGUGAGACCCGACACUGCACGAUCUGUGCAAAGCGCUCUACGAGUACUCACAGUACCUCGACACCACUGACUAGUUAUAACCGUAGUGUUUGUGUUAUAACGGCCAUGUGAUGUGUUAUUACUGCGUUGUGUUGUGUUAUAACGGAAAUGGCCCGUGUUAUAACCGAAGAAGAUGUGUUUUAUGCUACAACCAUGCAGGACGACACAUUUCAUUAUGUUAUAUCCAGUUUUUAGGACUAUUUGUGGACAUUGAAGUGGCAUUAUUGCUUAUCCUAAAUUGUAUUUGAUAAUAUAAAUGAUAAUCGAUAGGAGACUUGAUAUUCUGUUUUUUUUUGUUAUUUGGAUAAAAAUUAUGUUUUUUAAUGUUGUGAUAUUAUAACUAAUUAGCAGAUGAUGAUGAUUUUGGUAUGUGUAAAUAAUCAAAAGACAAUUGCUUUGUAAAAGUUUUGUGCAGUGGGUGGAACUGUAAUUACAUUUUAAAGAGAUGUAGAAAGUUAGUGGCGAUUUUUUUUAAUCUGGAUGUUUUUUCCAAAUUGGGGGUGUUUUAUAAGCGGAGAAAAUGGACAACCAAUAGAAUUAAGUUAUUCAAAUAUCUUGUCUCCACCCAGUGGUGCCUGAACGGAGAAAUUCUAUUGGUUGUUUGAAAUCUCCCCUUUGCUUUGGUCGAGUCUGGUCGUAGAAUGGCGGGAUGGUUGCAAUAUAUAGUAGGAUUUUAGCUGCUAAAUUAUGAGAUUUUCUUAUAAAUUAUAUUGUCUCGAGAUUUUCCUUAAAAAUAUUUAUAAAUUACUAUUCCUCCAGUGUAUUUCUUUUCAUUGUUAUUUGGAGUAAUACUGCAUAAUUUGAUUUGAUGGAGUCACAGAUGGUGUUAAUUAUUUGGUUCUUUUUUUCUUCAUAUAUACUCAUGAUAUCAAUGCAAUUAGAUAUGUAAUGUAUGUUAGAAGAACAAAUAUUUAAUUGAGAAUAGUUUUACAAUUCCUGAUGUUAUAUUACGAGCGUGUUUAAAACUUUUUGUAUCAUAAUAUGCAGGAAAGCGUAACUUUAUUUGAAAUCUGGAAAGUGGAAUUAAACAUUAGGAAUAUUCUAGAAUAAUCAUUAUGUGAAUGGUCGUUUUGUAUGACUGAAAAAUAUGGUAUCCUGUAUAAAAUAUAAUAUUAUAGUUGUUUAAUUGGGUAGAAAUAACAAUAAACCAAUUCCAGUAUUGAUUCAAAAAGUAAAAAUAGGGCCUAGGAAAAUAAAUAUAAAUCUUUGGUAAAAUCAAAACCAUAUGUCUGUCUAUUGAUUUUGAAACGUCAAAUUUGACAGCUGUUAUAUUAAAAUACUAGUAAUGGUCGCCAAAACACAGACUAUAAAAUGAUAACAGCUUGUGUAGAACAUAAUUUAGAUAAAAAUACCUUAUUUGUAAAUGAGAUAAGCAUUUUAGAAUUGCCUUUACAUAAUAAUACCUACAAAAUAUAUCGUAGAUAGAUAUUCCUUGUAUGUAUAAACACUGUAAGACUUACUUAUUAAUAAAUUAUCUGUGAACUUCCUAUUAGUCUACACACUAAUAUUUGGUAGAUAAAAUAAUAUGAUUCGCUAUAUUUUGCCUUUUCUUGUAAACAUGUUUAUUUACGACGAAACACGAAGGUAUCGUUCCAUACGAUUUUAAUAACAACUGCCUAGACAUAAGAGCUAUAUUACGUUAGCAAAUUCUUUGCCAGUUAAAAACCUUUGUCUUUUUUACUAUAAAUGAUGAUAUCUCUUAUUUAUUAAUAACAGUUCUAUAAUACUUUGUACACUGAAUAAUAUUGUGUGAAUGAUUUGUGUUAUAUCUUAUUCAUUUUGUAUAUUAAAAUAUUUAUAUUAUGUUUGUAUAAUUCUAUUAUCAAGUCCCUAUAUUUCGUUUCUUUUUAUUAUACAAUCUAAAAUAUCUAAACAACCUCUAACUUAUCGACACUUUAUAUCGAUAUGUCGAUAGCAGCCUGUAUCUUGUAGAUAAUAAUUUAUUAUUUAGUCUAAACGACUGAAUGUAGCUUUAAGUAUGCCACGAGGCACAAAAUGUGUUUAAAUAAAACCAAAUGUCUAGCUCAAAUAUUGUAAUUCGUAUAAUUUAUCAAAUAAAUGCUUAAUAAUAAAAA